AUGGCCAGUAACCACGUGACCUCCUUUUCUAAAAUCGAGAUGUUCGUUCCAAAUCCGCUGCGUUGUUUCAAAUGUCAGCGGUUUGGACAUGGACAAUCCAAUUGUAAAGCCUCUGAAGCAUGCUUCAAGUGUGGUGAAGAGGAACAUGAUGGUAAAAGUUGUCAAAAAGACCCCAAAUCCAGAAACUGUAAGGGCGGGCACAUGGCUUCCUCUAAACAUUGUCCAAUUUGGAAAAAAGAGAAAGAGAUACAAAAGGUAAAGGUUGAAAAAAGGAUACCUUACUCAGAAGCCAAAAAAUUGGUAAAUAUGUACAGUGUCCCGAAACCAAAUUUGACAACAUAUGCAACUGUUGUAAAAUCGUCCUCUUUGAAGGACAUGUCUACACAGGUCUCUGAAAAAGACUUAUUUCAGCAGGCCUCAUCAUGUAAAAUAAAUUUGUCAUCUAAUGACAAAGGUAAACCCACUUCAAUACCUGCUUCUGCAGGUCCUGCAGUUGCGGCUGCACCAAAAACCGUAGCUGUGGCUACACCACAGCCAUCGGCUGCGAAUAAAUCAACACCAACAGGGAGACAAAACAAGUCUCCCUCAAAAAACAUCCCCAAGCAGUCGAGUGAUCAUUUGCCCAAAGGGGCACGAGAUGCCGUCACUCUCCACAAUAAAUUUGGGGUCUUCGAGGAGAUGGACAUUACACCCUGCCAUUCCUCCUCGCAAGUUCGAAGUACGUCACCCAAGAAAAAUAAAGGGAGGAUAUCCCCCAUUUCUCAUAAUAAAUAA